GGUGCCAAAGUAGAGCCUGCGCGCGGAGCCCAGAUCCGGGGCGGCUGGGGCGGCGGGCGCUCCGCGGUCCCAGCCUGCGCGCUUGGUGCGGGCUCAGACAGCCGGCUCUGCCCGGCUGGACGCAGGUGACAGAGUGCCGCCAGAGGAGACGGUGACAGAGAGCCGCCAGAGGAGACGCCAGGAGUGCGAGCGCGCAGCCCCGAAAAGUGAGCCGGCUCCGGAUCCGCAGGAGCGUCCCCGGCGGCCGCGGCCGGAGCCGGAAAGCUGAGAGUGUUGGAGAGAGGACUCCUGCCUGGGUUCACUCGCCGGCCGCGGCCAUGGCAUCGGUCCUGGGGACCAGCAGAGCGUCCGGAGGGCUGAGCGGUCAACUCAAAUGCAAGUCCAAGCGGAGGAGGAGGAGGCGGGCCAAGCGAAAAGACAAAGUGAGCGUGUUGUCAGCCUUCAUCGCUCCCUUCAAACGCCUGAACCCUGGGGCCACGCACGCAGAGGACGAGGACAACCUCAGUACCAGCAGUGCUGACGUCAAGGAGAACCGCAAUGUGAGCAACCUGGAGGCCAGGCCGCCGCCAGCCGGGAACAGGGCCCGAGGGGGCGCGCCCGGCCUGAAGAGGAAGCGGCCGCUGGAGGAGGGCAAUGGCGGACACCUGUGUCCCCUGAGGCUGCUGUGGCGGCGGCUCUCAUGGUCCGUGGCACCCAAGAAUGCACUGGUGCAGCUGCACGAGCUGCGGCCAGGCCUGCAGUUUCGCAUGGUGUCGCAGACCGGCCCGGUGCAUGCGCCCAUCUUCGCCGUGGCCGUGGACGUCAACGGGCUCACCUUUGAGGGCACUGGGCCCACCAAAAAGAAGGCCAAGAUGCGGGCAGCCGAGCUGGCCCUCCGCUCCUUCGUGCAGCUCCCCAACACGGGCCAGGCUCCCCCAGCCCCCAGUGGCAUGGCCCCUGACUUCACCUCCGACCAGGCCGACUUCCCCGACGCCCUGUUCCAGCGGUUCGAGCCUGCAGCACCCAGCGAGGGCUUCCCGGGCUGGCGGCCCCCUGCCCCCGAGUGCCUGUCCACAGCCUGCCGGAGGGGCCGGCUCCUGGGCCGCCCGCUGGACCUGGGCCUGGGGGGACCCACGGCCCCAAGCACUGGGAACCCAGUGGUGCUGUUGAACGAGCUGCGCUCUGGCCUGCGCUAUGUGUGCCUCUCAGAGCCAGAGAAGCGGCACGCCCAGAGCUUCGUCAUGGCCGUCAGCGUGGACGGGAGGACGUUCGAGGGCUCGGGACGAAGCAAGAAGCUGGCCAAGGGCCAGGCCGCCCAGGCCGCCCUGCAGGCCCUCUUCGACAUCCGGCUGCCCGGCCACGUCCCCUGCAGGAGUAGAAGUCACCUCCUGCCCCAGGAGUUCGCAGACGCCGUGUCCCAGCUGGUCACGCAGAAGUUCCGAGAGCUGGCCGCAGGCCUGGCCUCAGCACACGCCCGCCACAAGGCACUGGCUGGGAUUGUCAUGACCCGAGGCCUGGAUACCAGGCAAGCCCAGGUCGUCGUCCUGUCCUCGGGGACAAAGUGCAUCAGCGGCGAGCACAUCAACGACCAGGGGCUGGUGGUCAACGACUGCCACGCAGAGAUCCUGGCCAGGCGGGCGCUGGUCCACUUCCUAUACGCACAGCUGGAGCUGCACCUGAGCAAGCGGCGCGAGGACAGCGAGCGCUCCAUCUUCGAGCGGCUGAAGGAGGGCGGCUUCCGGCUGCGAGACGGCGUCCUGUUUCACCUGUACCUGAGCGCCUCGCCCUGCGGAGACGCGCGCCUGCACUCACCCCACGAGCGCGCGGCCGAGCUAAGCAGCAGCAAGCACCUGGCCAGGAAGUUCCGGGGGCACCUGCGCACGAAGAUCGAGUCGGGGGAGGGGACGGUGCCUGUGCGCGGCCCGGGCACAGUGCAGACCUGGGAUGGCGUCCUGCUGGGCGAGCAGCUGGUCACCAUGUCCUGCACAGACAAGAUCGCCAGGUGGAAUGUGCUGGGCCUGCAGGGCGCGCUGCUCUGCCACUUCAUCGAGCCCGUGUACCUGCACAGCAUUGUGGUGGGCAGCCUGCGCCACACCGGCCACCUCUCCCGUGUCAUGAGCCACCGGACCCAGGACGUCGGCCAGCUGCCUGCCUCCUACCGGCACAACCGGCCCCUGCUCAGUGGAGUGAGUCAGGCGGAAGCGCGAGAGCCCGGGAAGGCGCCCCACUUCAGCGUGAACUGGGUGGUGGGCACGGCGGACGUGGAGGUCAUCGAUGCCACCACUGGGAGGCGGAGCUGUGGCCGCUCAUCCCGGCUCUGCAAGCACAGGCUCUCGGCGCGGUGGGCGCGGCUCUACGGCAAGCUGAGCACCCGGAUCCCACGGCACGGGGACACGCCGUCCAUGUACUGUGAGGCCAAGCUGGGGGCGCGCACCUACCAGGCCGUCAAACAGCAGCUGUGCAGAGCAUUCCAGAAGGCUGGCCUAGGCACAUGGGUGAGGAAGCCGCCCGAGCAAGACCAGUUCCUGCUAGCGCUGUGAGGCUGGUGGGGCACGCUGCGUGUGGCGGGUGCCCCCACGGUGCUGACCCGCACCAAGCGUUCGCUUUCCUCUGGUGUUCCAGAAACACGCGUGUCCAAGCUCGGGCGAGCAACUCGCCUUGAGUUAGGGGCGGGGUGCUUCUCUGACGGCCACUCCCAGGAGGCCAGGACUGAGGUUGCCCACCACACCCCGCUUCCAGCACAUAUGGCCCUGUCUCCCUCCCCCGUGUGUCCAAGGGAGCUUCCAUUCGGGCCGGAGGUGCCAAGUGCUGCCUUGAAAAGUGCCGAGGUGCAGCUGGUGAGAAGCAGCCAGGCCCACCCGGCACCCCCGCCCCGCCGCGCACCUCCCAACCGAGAGGCUCCCACGAGCACAGCAUGUGGGACUUCAGGGUAAGCCACGAGCGAAGAGAAAAGCCAUGGGCUCCUCCCCAAAGAAGCCAGAAAGCACGAGCUGUCGCGUUCAUCGGUUUCAGUUUUUAUUCCACUUCCUUUCAAAAGGACUCGAGGUGCAUGAUAUUAAGGAGCCCCAAAACAGGACCAGAGAGUGAACCAUUCUCACAGAGCAAAGGGUCAGUUCCCAAGGCACCGGGGCCACAAUCAAGGGCCUGAGGAGCCCACCUGCCAACAUCCGAUGACAAGGGCCCCAUACCCCACACCAUCGCUCCCACGGCUGCGUUCCUGGAGGAUGACGACUCAACAGCACAGACAAGGUCUGAGCCACUUGGGGUCGUCUUGUCCCAGACUGAGUCCUGCCCUUGUGACUGAGCUUUAUUAGAAAGCAAGCCCAGAGCACACAGAACCUGUGGGAUCUCGGUCUCCGAUCUUGGCUCUCCAAUCUCCAUCCUGAAUGACAAAACCUUCACUCAAGCAGCUGCAGCAGCGCAGCAGGUAGGGUCCUGCCACUUCUGGGUCCCCUGCCCUGCGUACCCAGGGUGCCCGGGACCGAGGGGGCAGCAACCCGAGCCUGCUCCAUGCAGUGGGGAGACACCCAGGACACCCUCAGCCCAUUGUACGCCUCUCACCACAGAAGGCUCAUGUCUGGCUCCAUCAUGCUGGUCAACCGACCCCUCGUUCCUCCAGUUAAAAUAUCUGGCAUUCAUGGUGCAAAACAGAAACAGCAAGGCUCCAUAGCAGCCCGGGCUCCUCACUUAACCUGAGAAAUGCAGGCACAGCGUUGGACUCACAGAUCCCACAACAACAGGACAAAAGCGAAACAAAGAGAGCUGCUGGUAUUUGUCACAAGUCUGGAAGGAGACGCUUCUCCUAGGAUUUAAUAUAAAGUCAAACUCAGCACUCAAGUUCUUUGACAAGAGAAGACUGGCACGGCAGUGGACAACUUUUCCAAGAUAAAGUUUCAAGAGAGAUGAAAACGUUCUUGCAAACAGGUGACUCACAGUGAUAUUUCAUAAGAACUGAGGAAAAGACAAUAAAAUCUUAAUUCUUACACAGCCAGGGUCAAGACCAGUUGAUGUAAGUCUCUGAUCCUCCCACGUCUCACCGGACGAAGCUCAGACAGCCAGAGGCCUCAGGCCGGUUGUGACUCUGACUCUGGAGCCCGAGUCAGAGCUCUGCUCUCAAGGCUGGAGGCACAGCCCAUCCUGGCUCCGAGCAGAAUCCCAGCUCGUGGCGCCCUGAGCUGAUCCUCGGGGAUGCCGUCUGCGCUUCAUACAAAGGAGCUCCCAGCACAGGGAGCAGAUGACAGGGACAAUGCAGGGGAUGACCCACAAACGAGGCGGGGGCGCCGCCCAAAGUACCUGCUUAGGGGCUCAGAAGGCGCCCACCCACCCGUCACGAGCCUCCCCCAGGACCUGGGUCAGGGCUGCAUGUUCACGUUCGUCUGAGGCACUGGGUCUCCACAAACCACCCCAACUGAUAUGUAAACAGCUGCUCCUGAAGGAGGUGGUGCCUGACACCCAGUGCGCGUGAGCACCAGCCUGGGGCCAGUCUGUUGGGUCAGGAGGGCGCCUCUAGGCGGGAGAGGUGGACGAGGAGUCUGCAGGGCCCACCUGCAGCAAGACAAGGGUCCGAGGGCAGCGGGAAGCCAGGCUCAGGGCCUGGCACUUUGCCAUGAGUGAGCAGGAAACGAGAAAUGGCCCCGGGGUUCCCGGCACAGGAGGGCAAGUGGGGGCAGGAGCUGGAACGACUGGAAGCUCGAGGAGGGUCCUGGGGUGGUGGGAGGGCCCAGCUCAGGUCAUCCCGGAGCCCAGAGGUAUCUCUCCCUCAGGUCCAGGCCCCGGGAGCCUGGCCCUGUUUAGGCAGGUCCACCUGCACAUUUUAAUUGGAAAAACCUGGGGAAGUUGAGUCAAGCAGAGCCUGACACCUCCUGGACCCCACCUGUGGUCUCUGUGAGAAGAAAACUUGAGUUCCCCUGAAAGCAGGACAGAGCCAAUGAAAAGGCCCACCAUCUACUGCCUGCAGAACCUGCGGGAGCACCAUCUGUGCCUCCGCACUCACACCUGCCCUGCUGGGUCCCAUCCGCCCGCCCCAUCACAUCCACCUCCCUCCCCAGUGCACACGGCUCCAUGGGGGAAGGCCUGGGGCUCCCUGUGCAGAGCAUCUUGGUGGGACCCACCCGCAGAGUCGGGAGUGGGCAGCAGGUCGCACAUGUGACAGCGAGUUGCUCAGUUGGAGAUUUGUGUUCUGUUUUCACCAAGCAAAGGAUGUGCAGGUCUAUUACUGUUGUUGACUUUUGCUCCUCUCUGAAUCUUCAUGUCUGGAGGCUAUGGUGUCUUAACAUCCACUGUUCCUCAGAACCAUCAACGAGCUUUUCAAGCAGGCGCAGCUCAUAUUUUCCCACAUGAUUCCUUUUCCACAGUAUUCUGUUCUUACCGGUAAAGUUAAAUGCGUUCUUUUUUUUUUUUUCCAGUAUAAUGUUUAUCAUGUCUGGAGAGCCAUAAAUAGUAAAUACAAGGUAUAUCAAUGCCCAGAAUAGAAUAGUUAAGAGUAUUUUGAUGAAAUCCUAUUUUUAGAUUAAAAAUUUCAAGAUGUGUCUAUAGUAUCUUGUUUAAAGAAAUUAAAAAGACAUUUGAAACUUAGACGUUUUUAAUUUAGAGAAACUUCUAUACCCAUUUUUUAAGAAGCCAUUCCAAUGAAAUCAUCUAAUUGGCCCCAAAAUACAACAAAUAGCACUUUCUGAUGAGACCAAAGGGAAGUCAGGAAAGCCUGUUUAUGGACCACCCCUCAGCAGCCAGGUGAGCCUGAGCUCCUCCCCAUCGUCCCACAUACUCCAUGGCCCCGCAUGGAGUCCCUGCAGGGGGUGGGCAGUGGGGAGGAAGCUCUGACUUGGGAGGGCCCCUGGGGCCCCCUUCCCACCCUCUGCCGUGUCCUGACUCACCCCCAGCUGCAGCACUGCGGGUUUUGGGAACUCGGGAUGCUCCAGCUCCUGCUAAGAUCCCCCCACAGACUGAAUCAGAUCAAAUGAAGGGUGCAGGUGGGGGUGGGGGAGGCAGAAACAAGAGGCAGAAGCAGCUGCUGCCUCCGGCUGCCUCUUCUUUCCCACGUUCUCUCCCUCCUCAACCUCCCCCCUUUCUCUUGCCUGACCCCCCAUCCUGUUACCACUGAGCGUCAGGUCUCAGGUGCGUGUCUGCCCUGAACCCCACUUCAUUGACUGUUUCAGGUCUUUGCUCAGGACUAGGCAGCCCCUGGAGUGUUCCCGUGAUUUCGUGUUCAGUCCCUUCAGGCCCCUGGAGCCUGUUCACCAAAAGGGACACUGACAUCACAGCUCUGAACAUGUAGACCAAAUCGUAUCACUGCUGCAGGGAUGUGUGGGCAGCACCGGCCCUGGAGAAAGAAACACUUGGUUCUCAACUCAUGUGAGAAAGGAAGCCGGGGGAGAAAUACCCUCCAAAGACAAACAACCUGGACUCUAGGGCCUCCUGUCACACAGGCACUAGGUUUCUACCACUCUGCAGUACAUGCAUCAGUAAAAAAGGAAAAACACUUUCCCAGCAGUGCCCAGUUAAUUUUCAGCAUUUUUUAAGCAAAAUGAACUUAAUAAAUAGUAAUUCUUAAGUGAAAGUAUGUACAUGAAAGCAUGACUGAAUGGCAAUAUUGUAACGAUCGAUGUACAUUUGUAAUAUUUGUAAAAAAAAAAAUCCGAAACCUUAAAAUAUGAAUUUACAUAUGUUAAUUUGCCUCUGAGUUCUGUAAAUUGCACUUCAGUGAAAUCUGAUAAGUGAAUGUUUCUGUUAAGUGAAUAAAAACAUUAAGCACAA